GCGAGUGAGCGAGCGGUGAUUGGUGGGUUCCGGUUCGACGAAGCACCGCCGCCGACUGGAUCUUCAUCGCUGCCGCCGCCGCCGCCGACUGAGUGCGGAGUUCAAGUGAGCGGCAUACCGAAAGGGGGCGGGCCAACAUCGCAGCGCACGGCGGGGGCAAGUGGUGAAAUGGUCUAAAUAACGGCGGGUGUGCAAUAUAAAAAAGCCCUUGCCUCCAUGCAAAUAAUUCCUGGGGCUCGGCCUGGGCUUCGAGGGAGCAGCAGCAUCCCGAGACGAGGAGCCUUGGACUGUGGAUUAUCAGGGUUUUAAACCAGUGAGAAAGAGAAGGUGGGGUCGUGAGAAGGAUAGCGGAGCCCAUCAGCCUGCUCUAUUCGGCUGUUUCAGUAUAAAUUGGCUUCAUCGGCGGCGGCUGAAAUUUUUCAUUGUUUCCUAUGUGUUGAAUCCUUCAACUGAUCUACACGGGAACAGUUCUAUUAAUUUCCCCGAUUGAAGAGUUUUUAACUUUGAAUUUUCAUUCUUAAAUUUUCUGAUUUUUAAUUAUCGACCAUGGCCGACGACGACGUCCUGUUUGAAGAUGUGUAUGAGCUGUGUGAAGUGAUUGGCAAGGGACCAUUCAGCGUUGUGCGACGAUGUAUUAACAGAGAAACAGGACAGCAGUUUGCUGUGAAGAUUGUAGAUGUGGCCAAAUUCACCUCCAGUCCUGGCCUCAGUACAGAAGAUUUAAAGAGGGAGGCCAGUAUCUGCCACAUGCUGAAACAUCCACACAUUGUGGAAUUACUGGAAACCUACAGCUCAGAUGGAAUGCUCUACAUGGUCUUUGAAUUUAUGGAUGGUGCAGACCUCUGCUUCGAAAUUGUGAAAAGAGCAGAUGCAGGUUUCGUUUACAGUGAAGCUGUUGCCAGUCACUACAUGCGACAGAUACUAGAAGCACUACGCUAUUGUCAUGACAAUAAUAUCAUUCAUCGAGAUGUGAAGCCACACUGUGUGUUACUUGCUUCGAAGGAAAAUUCAGCACCUGUCAAGCUCGGUGGGUUUGGAGUGGCCAUUCAGUUAGGAGAAUCUGGGCUUGUUGCUGGAGGUCGUGUAGGAACACCACACUUCAUGGCACCAGAAGUUGUCAAAAGAGAACCGUAUGGAAAGCCAGUUGAUGUUUGGGGUUGCGGAGUGAUACUUUUUAUUCUUCUUAGUGGCUGUUUGCCAUUUUAUGGAACAAAGGAGAGAUUGUUUGAUGCUAUUAUCAAAGGAAAACACAAGAUGAACCCUAGGCAAUGGAUCCAUAUAUCAGAGAGUGCAAAGGAUUUGGUCCGUCGUAUGCUCAUGCUAGACCCUGCAGAAAGGAUAACUGUUUAUGAAGCUCUCAACCAUCCUUGGCUUAAGGAACGAGAUCGGUAUGCAUACAAAAUUCACCUCCCUGAAACUGUGGAACAGCUGAGAAAAUUUAAUGCAAGAAGGAAAUUGAAGGGAGCAGUACUGGCAGCUGUAUCAAGCCACAAAUUCAAUUCUUUCUAUGGGGACCCCCCUGAGGAGCUGCCUGACUUCUCAGAAGACCCUACCUCUUCAGGACUGCUAGCUGCAGAAAGAGCUGUUUCACAGGUUCUGGACAGUUUGGAGGAAAUCCAUGCAUUAACAGAUUGCAGUGAAAAGGACUUGGAUUUUUUACACAGUGUUUUCCAGGACCAGCAUCUCCAUACACUACUUGAUUUGUAUGACAAGAUCAACACAAAGUCAUCACCACAGAUAAGAAAUCCACCAAGUGAUGCUGUCCAAAGAGCCAAAGAGGUGUUGGAAGAGAUUUCAUGCUAUCCAGAAAAUAAUGAUGCAAAAGAACUGAAGUGUAUCCUAACACGGCCUCAUUUUAUGGCCUUGCUCCAGACUCAUGAUGUUGUGGCACAUGAGGUAUACAGUGACGAAGCACUAAGAGUUACACCACCACCAUCUUCUCCUUAUUUAAAUGGUGACUCACCUGAAAGUGCAAACGGAGAUAUGGACAUGGAAAACGUUACACGAGUUCGACUUGUCCAGUUUCAGAAAAACACUGAUGAACCUAUGGGGAUAACUUUAAAAAUGAAUGAAAUGAACCAUUGUAUUGUUGCAAGGAUUAUGCAUGGCGGAAUGAUCCACAGACAAGGGACACUCCAUGUUGGUGAUGAAAUCAGAGUAAAUGGCAUCAGUGUUGCUAACCAGACAGUAGAACAGCUUCAAAAGAUGCUUAGAAUGAGAGGUAGUAUUACCUUCAAGAUUGUGCCAAGUUAUCGCACUCAAUCAUCGUCAUGUGAGAGAGAUUCCCCCUCCACAUCCAGACAAUCCCCAGCUAACGGCUAUAGCAGCACUUAUAAUUCUGUUUCGGACUUGCCAUCAACUGCACAACCAAAAGGACGACAGAUUUAUGUUCGAGCACAAUUUGAAUAUGAUCCAUCAAAAGAUGACCUUAUACCUUGCAAAGAGGCUGGGAUCCGUUUCCGAGUUGGGGAAAUCAUACAAAUUAUCAGUAAAGAUGAUCACAAUUGGUGGCAGGGCAAGUUGGAAAACUCAAAAAAUGGUACAGCUGGACUCAUCCCCUCUCCUGAACUGCAGGAAUGGCGUGUUGCAUGUAUAGCCAUGGAAAAGACCAAACAAGAGCAGCAGGCUAGCUGUACCUGGUUUGGGAAGAAGAAAAAACAAUACAAGGAUAAAUAUCUGGCAAAGCACAAUGCAGUCUUCGAUCAACUAGAUCUUGUCACAUAUGAAGAAGUAGUAAAACUGCCAGCCUUCAGAAGGAAGACUCUAGUGUUACUAGGAGCCCAUGGAGUAGGACGACGGCACAUUAAAAACACUCUUAUUACAAAGCAUCCAGACAGAUUUGCAUAUCCUAUUCCACACACUACCAGACCUGCCAGAAAAGACGAAGAAAAUGGCAAAAAUUACCAUUUUGUUUCACAUGAUCAAAUGAUGCAGGACAUUUCCAAUAAUGAAUAUCUGGAAUAUGGCAGUCAUGAGGAUGCAAUGUAUGGAACAAAGCUGGAAACGAUACGGAAAAUCCAUGAACAAGGACUCAUUGCAAUUCUAGAUGUUGAGCCACAGGCACUGAAGGUUUUGAGAACUGCGGAGUUUGCCCCAUUUGUUGUUUUCAUCGCUGCCCCGACUAUUACUCCAGGCAUGACUGAGGAUGAAUCUCUUCAGCGUCUACAGAAGGAGUCAGAAAUUCUACAGAGAACAUAUGCACACUACUUUGAUCUAACCAUAAUCAACAAUGAAAUAGAUGAGACCAUCAGGCAUCUGGAAGAAGCCAUUGAACUUGUGUGUACUACACCACAGUGGGUUCCUGUAUCCUGGGUAUAUUAAGGACUGGAGAGAGAAACCAUGAACUUUAUCAUUCCCUAGCAACACCUGACGUUAGACUUUGUAAAUGAUCAUGCAUCAAAUCUUGCCCCUUAUAGACUGCCUAGGAUUAGUGUGCCCUAAAUUUUUUUGACUAUUGUUAUGUCCUUCUAGAUGGAUGGAGAGAGAAAAUAUCAAACUCUGAAAGUGACAGUGUCCCUUUUUAAGAUUCUCUGAGGGUUGUACUUCCAUUAUUAAAUCAGAUCUACAAAUGCCUCCUGAUCUACAGAUAUCCAGAAGUCCCACAUGGAUCUCCGAAGCUUAUUUGAACACUUGUUUUUACUAAGUUUUUAUUAAGUAAGCUUUAAAAAAAACACUUUCACCCAAUUUGUUUUUUCUCAAAUACUGAGGAUCUAUUUUUGGUAUAAAUAGUUCAGUCAGACUAUGUUGCUAUCUAUUUGAAAUUUAAUUUCACCUGGAUGGUUUUGUAUAUAAAUUCAGAUUUUACAUUUUUUUGGUGUCCCCAAGUAGUCAAAGAAUAAUUGGUAUAAGCUUUAAUCAAUAUUUUAUGUCUGCAAAUUCACAGAUAUCUGCAGUCAAAUAUUUGGAGCUGAGUAUAGUAAGGGCAUUAAGUAGAUAUGAUUUUUUUUACACAAAGGGGAUACUGUCAGUUACAGUUUAAAAAUGUACAAACAUUUUAGGAAUUUGAAUCAGGUUUUACUGCAUGUGGACAGUUACAAGAAUUCAUGCUGUUGGUGUAUCUGUGUUGGAAACUGUAUUCUACAGCAACGUACAUUCCAUUUGUUGGAAAAAAAAUACCCAAGGGAAUUAUUAUUCAAAAAAAAUUGUAAACCUAUGCACAUCCCUUGCAUUGUGGGCAAGUUUAUAAAUGACUGAUUUUUAAUCAUGUAGUGAAAUGUGUUUGUACUUUGUUGCAAUUUAAUUUGUUCUAAGGGGAAGAAUUAGCAGUUUCGCCAUUUCAGAUAUGUGUCGUCUUUGAAUAUAAAUAUUUUAAUUAUGUUCCGUCUGGAAAAAUGGUUUAAUUUUUAUCAUUGAAUUAUAUGUAUUAAAAUGCACAAAUUUUACUAAAGAAAUACUGUGCACAAAAAAAAAUUUGUGGUCAGAUACAAGCAGUUCAGCUCACGUCACUAUUUCAUUCAAACUGCCCUGCAGUGUUACUGAAGACGACAAAUACAAAAACUGCAAUUGGACUCAUGUUUUUAAAAAAAAAUAUAUACUUCCCAUUAUGUAGUCAGCUUUAUCCUGUUGUUUUUGAGCUUAUAUUGAGCUCAAUGUCACCCAGCCAUGUUAAAUUGAAUAGGCUGCAAUUAUUGACCUUCAGUACAGCUGCCGAAGAUGUUAUUGUGUUUCAAUUACAGGGCUGUAAGUUCUAUACUUUUGUAACUGGUCAAUGGUAAGACCAGUAUGGUGCUGGCCAUCGGGAACUGAACAGUACCUCUGGUCAUGUAAUAUAAAAAUGAAAAUACUGUGGAAAAUUGUAAAAGAAAACGAAGCACAAUUUCACAACUGGAAUUUAUUGAGCAUUUUCAUAUUUUCUGGAAAGUUCCAUUCUGGUAAAGAGAAAAUAGUAUUUUAUAAAACUGUUCCCAUCAGGAUUUUAGAGCACAGAGGAAUGCAUUGUUUGCCUUAAGACAUUUUGUAACUUAAUUCCUGCUUUCUUUGAUGUAAUGCCAUUCCUAACAGUAUUGAAAGGAGAUUUACAUAUCUGUUAUACAUUUCAGAAAAUGCGUAUUGUUCAACGUUGCAUAAAUGCCAUGGAUGCUUUCGUGAAACACAAUUGGCAAUGGAAAUCUGUAUUAAAGGAUAAGUGGUACGGUUGAGACCCUUGAAUAAUUGAAAAUGUAGAUCAACUGAAAUGAGAGUAUUUUAUUUUUAAGUCAUUUUACUUAAGUCUGAAUAAUUUUAUACUGCAGUACUUCUGCAACAACAAAACUGCAACAAAAUAGAUUACAGUAAUAAUGAAAUGCUGUUAAUUGAAAACUAAGUUUUCACCUUUGUUCAGAUGACAAUUAAUUUUAGAGAAAACAGUUACUGAUUUUACUAUCAGAGAACAGAAUCUAGAACGUAGAGACAUUAU